UUCAUUCUCACAAUAAAGCUUGCUCAUUUGAUUUAUCCUAACUUACUGCAGUUGCUUUGGAUUUAUGUCCGGACCCUGUUGGAGAUGACUGGCCCCACCAUGUCUUUGAAACAAGGUAGCAAUGACAUGGUGAUCUGCAGAAUGGUAUCCCCCUAGUGACAUUCUAUUUAAGGCGGCAUUAUGGCUAUGCUAAACUAGGAUUGAAGAAGAAAAAGAUGACCCCGGUUAAUGUAACAUAGGGCUAUUGUUAGACUUUCGGGGGGUGCUCAUUGGCGCAAUCGAGCUGCUAGACUCCGCGACUAGAGGCCGCCGGCUAUCGCUUGGAGCCCCCAAAGCAUCGCAAUACGCUGGGUUUCUCGAUAAAAUAUGGAGUUCGUUUUAGCGAUGUUAGCAGGUUUGGGGGCCGUCUCCACUAUCGUCGGCCUUGUAUGGAUUUAUUCUUAACCAUCUCUCCCUCUCUUUUUCGCCUUUCCAUCAUACUACAUACAUUAUUAUCCUUCAAUACCAUACCAGCUUGAGAUCAAACAGUUCCGGAAAAAUGAAGCUCUUCUCAGUCUCGGCCGCCUACCUGGCCAUCCCCAUGGCCCUGCUCGUCUCCGCCCAGACGGAGCCAACAACCCAAGUCGGCUGCUACACCGACAGCGCCAAUUUUGAAAACAAGGGCCCAUACACGUACCAGAGUCCAGGAUAUUGCGCCAAGCUCUGCGGCAAGGUGAAGGCACCGUAUAUGGCUCUGCAUGAUGGUACCGAAUGCUGGUGCGGUACUGCGCUGCCGGACAAGAGCUCUCUCCAGUCGGACGACAAAUGCAACAAAUCGUGUUCCGGAUGGCCCGAUGAUAGUUGUGGUUCUGAUAAGGCGUGGUCUGUUUAUCAACUUUCCGUCAAUGCGAAGGAAGUGACCGAGUCUGCGUCGGCUUCCACCAGCCUUGCAAGCGCUACCCCCGGAUCGAACAGCACUGCGUCUGCCACUAAGUCGGGAAGUGCAUCCCAGAGUGCCUCUUCGGCGAGCGCUACUCCCACGACUUCUACCUCGGCUGCGACUCGUCGGUUCAAACUUCCUUUUUUCCUGUAAUAUAGGAGCGCUGGACCAGUUUCUGACGAGGUUCUUUUGCUUGGGGUAUUUAUUUGAACGGUGGCUGAUCAGCCUGGAGCUGCUCAGCCUUGAAUCAGCUGUAAAACUAGUAUACCACUCCGUUUGAAAUUUGUCCAACAAUUAAAAUACAUCACCAUCUCAGAGACCAUAUGCAGGUGAUCUUAAAAGACAGAAAUUGAAACACUGUACAAACAGCCAA